AUGAAUCCAGAAGAACGCGUUGUGACAUGGCUUAUAUCUUUGGGAGUUUUAGAGUCUCCCAAAAAGACCAUCUGUGAUCCAGAGGAGUUCCUGAAGUCCUCGCUGAAAAAUGGGGUGGUGUUGUGCAAACUCAUCAGCAGACUCCUGCCUGGUUCAGUGGAGAAGUAUUGUCUGGAGCCCCAAACUGAAGACGACUGUAUCAACAACAUCAGUGACUUCCUGAAAGGAUGUGCAACUCUUCAAGUGGAAGUUUUUGAGCCCGAUGACCUUUAUUCAGGGGCCAAUUUCUCCAAGGUUCUGAGCACUCUUUUAGCUGUCAACAAAGCAACAGAAGAUCAGCUAUCAGAAAGACCAUGUGGACGGUCAUCUUCUCUUAGCGCUACUGCUACCAACAAUGCCCCACCAAACCCACAGACAACAGUUCCCAGCACCACUCCAGCGCAGCAAAGUCAGGCAAAGGCAGUGGAAAUGAAGGAAAAUGGAAGUCACCAGUUGAUAGUAAAGGCGAGAUUCAACUUCAAGCAGACUAACGAAGAUGAACUGUCAGUGUGUAAAGGCGACAUCAUUUAUGUCACUGGAAUUGAAGAAGGAGGCUGGUGGGAAGGCACAUUAAAUGGGAGAACAGGAUGGUUCCCUAGUAAUUAUGUCCGAGAAAUUAAACCCAGUGAGAGACCUCUUUCCCCUAAAGCUGUCAAAGGAUUUGACGCCGCUCCACUUACCAAGAAUUACUACACUGUGGUGUUACAGAACAUCUUGGAUACUGAAAAAGAAUAUGCCAAAGAACUUCAGUCGCUUCUGGUUACUUACUUAAGACCCUUGCAGUCUAAUAACAACCUUAGUACUGUGGAGUUUACUUGUUUAUUGGGAAACUUUGAAGAAGUAUGCGCCUUCCAACAGACGCUCUGCCAAGCCUUGGAAGAAUGUUCAAAGUUUCCAGAAAACCAGCACAAAGUAGGAGGCUGUCUACUGAACCUCAUGCCUCAUUUUAAAUCGAUGUACCUGGCUUACUGUGCAAAUCAUCCUUCAGCAGUCAACGUGCUCACUCAGCACAGUGAUGAUCUAGAACGAUUCAUGGAAAAUCAAGGUGCAGCCAGCCCAGGUGUCCUCAUUUUAACAACAAGCCUCAGCAAGCCAUUCAUGCGACUGGAGAAGUAUGUUACUCUCUUGCAAGAGCUGGAGCGACAUAUGGAGGAUACUCAUCCGGACCAUCAAGACAUUCUGAAAGCCAUCACAGCAUUCAAAGCACUCAUGGGGCAGUGCCAAGAUCUGAGAAAGAGAAAACAACUGGAAUUGCAGAUCCUUUCGGAACCUAUUCAGGCAUGGGAAGGAGACGAUAUUAAGAGCCUGGGGAAUGUGAUCUUCAUGUCGCAAGUGAUGGUGCAGUACGGAACCUGUGAGGAAAAAGAGGAGCGAUAUUUUAUGCUGUUUUCAAAUGUCUUGAUAAUGUUGUCUGCAAGUCCUCGGAUGAGUGGCUUUAUCUAUCAGGGAAAAAUACCAGUAGCAGGGAUGGUGGUGAAUAGAGUAGAUGAAAUUGAAGGGAAUGACUGCACAUUUGAAAUCACAGGUAACAUGAUAGAGAGAACUGUGGUCUAUUGCAACAAUAGCCAGGACUUCCAGGAAUGGCUGGAGCAGCUGAACAGACUGACCAGAGGACCAGCCUCUUCCAGCUCAUUGUCUAAGACCUCGUCAUCAUCCUGUAGUGGGCAUUCUUCUUUUAGCUCUACUGGACAGCCCCGAGGACCCUUGGAGCCUCCUCAAAUUAUAAAACCGUGGAGUUUAAGUUGCCUACGACCUGCACCUCCACUUAGACCAUCAGCAGCACUAGGUUAUAAAGAGAGGAUGUCUUAUAUCUUAAAGGAAUCUAGUAAGAGCCCCAAGACAAUGAAGAAGUUUCUUCACAAAAGAAAGACGGAGAGAAAAGCCUCUGAGGAAGACUACGUGAUUAGGAAAAGUACAGCUGCUCUGGAAGAGGACACUCAGAUUCUUAAGGUGAUUGAAGCCUACUGCACCAGCGCCAGUUUUCAACAAGGUAAUGAUGGUUCCAGCACUCGGAAAGAUUCUGUCCCACAAGUGCUACUCCCUGAGGAAGAGAAACUCAUUAUUGAAGAAACCAGAAGUAACGGGCAGACCAUCAUCGAAGAAAAGAGCCUUGUUGAUACUGUGUACGCCUUGAAGGAUGAGGUCAAAGAACUGAAGCAGGAGAAUAAGAGAAUGAAGCAAUGCCUGGAAGAAGAACUGAAGUCGAGGAAGGACCUAGAAAAACUGGUCCGGAAGCUGUUGAAGCAAACAGAUGAGUGCAUUCGAGCUGAAACCAGCAGCAAGACCUCAAUUCUCCCAUAACCGUCACUGUGCAGCUGAGCACUCGUUGAAAUAGCCAGCUGAAUUUGACUGUGCCCUUCAGCUUUUUUGUGUGUUUCUCUCUCUCUCUCUCUCUCUCUCUCUCUCUCUCUCUCUCUCUCUCUCACUGCUUGAGAGUUUGUUACUUGGUUAUCAGUUGAUUGAUAUUUGCUUUAACAGGGGAAGCAACCUGGGGUGGUGAUAAAGUGGCCCCAAUACUUUGCUAUGCCCAACAGUCCUUCACUACCUAAUUCGCUGAAGGCAAAGCUUCCCAGGCUACGUCUAGAGUAGGUGACAGUGAACGCCUUUGCCCAGUGCUCCAGCUGUACC